CAGUUCUGCCUCCAGGACAAGACUCAUCCCAAUAAACGUCAACCUGAUUUAAAGUGUCGCAGGCAGGGCUGGUCUGUGGUGGAUGCUUUCCGGUUAUCAAAUUAGAGUCGGUGAGCUGGGAUAGGCUGGGAGUUUGGUUCAGAGAAGUUCGGACAUAGCCUACUGCGGGACGGGGCAAGAAGAGUAGCGACUGAAUGUGGGACAGGAAAUCUGACGUGGACCAUCUACGAGAAAUAAUCGCAUUUGUUGCAUCCAGCAAUCAAGGAUCUCACCCGCGUGAAUGACAAAGGUUGGGUGGGUAAACUUUGUCAUUCGGGUCUGAUCGUUCUAAAACCGGGCUGUUGUUUUAAGUGGAAGCGCUGAAAGAGAACAUCAUGCCAAGGCGGACCGUGCACGAAGUAACAGUCCAAGAUGUCCAGAAGAGGAGAAAUCCGAACAAACACUAUGUUUACAUCAUCAAAGUGUCCUGGUCUGAUGGCAGCACUGAGGUCAUCUUCAGGCGCUACAGCAAGUUCUUCGACCUGCAGAUGGAGCUUCUGGAUAAGUUCCCUGUGGAAGGAGGACAGAAAGACCCCAAGCGCAGAAUCAUCCCUUUUCUACCAGGGAAGAUCCUGUUCAGGAGAAGCCAUAUCAGGGAUGUGGCCAUGAAGCGCCUGAGGCCUAUCAACGAGUACUGCAGGGCUCUUAUUCAGCUGCCCGUGUACAUAUCCCAGUGUGAGGAGGUUCGUGUGUUCUUCGAGACUCGUCCUGAGGACCUCAACCCACCUAAAGAGGAACCCAUUGGAAAGAAGAAGCCAGGGAUUGUGGAGAGAGCGACUACUUUCCUAAAGAGAGGAGACUCCACCUCAGCUGACCCUCUGUUCCUAGACCAGUAUGUGGCCGUCACUGACUAUGAGAAACAGGAGAGCUCUGAGAUCAGCCUGCACGUGGGACAGACGGUGGAGGUCAUUGAGAAGAAUGAGUCUGGUUGGUGGUUUGUUAGUUCAGACGAGGCCCAAGGCUGGGUCCCUGCCACCUGCCUGGAGGCCCAGGAUGACCCUGACGACUUCUCCCUGCCCAGCGAGGAAGUGUCCCGGAGAUACUGGUCACUGCCGAGCCAUGUGGGCCGCCGGCGAACGUUAGGGGAUCUGUUCAGCACAGGCUUUGGGCAAGAGGAGAAGUACACAGUGAUCUACCCAUACGCAGCACGAGACCAAGACGAGAUCGACCUAGAAAGUGGCAUGACGGUGGAGGUCAUGCAGAAGAACCUUGAGGGCUGGUGGAAGAUCAGGUACCAGGGACAGGAGGGCUGGGCCCCGGCGUCCUACUUGAAGAAGGCCGACAUCCUGAGCCAGAAGCUGGUGGCAGGGGCAGCGGGCCACUCCAGCACUAACGACCUGGACGGAUUCUCCAAGCAGCAGAGUCAACAGAACCAAGCCAAGGAGAGCCGAGGAGACAACAAGGAUCAGAAAGACAAGGGCUUCUCCCCCUUUGCCAAGCAGCACAAACAAGGGGCUAGACAGAGACCACCUCCACGCAGGGAUCUCACCAUCCCGAGGGGGCAGAACCUGCCCAAGCCGCCCACCCCUCCUCAGGUGGAGGAGGAGUUCUAUACCAUCGCAGACUUCCAGACCACCAUCCCCGACGGCAUCAGCUUCCAGGCUGGGGUCAAAGUGGAGGUGAUAGAGAAGAACUCCAGUGGCUGGUGGUACAUUCAGAUUGAAGACAAAGAGGGCUGGGCCCCUAUCACCUUCAUCGACAAAUACAAGAAGACCAGCUUGACCCCGCGCCCCAACUUCCUUGUACCUCUGCCCAACGACUUGGUCCAGCUGAAGCUGGAGGAUGGCACUGCUAGCGGUGCGGGGCAAGAGGACAGCUGGUCCAAACCGCUGCCAGACGAGCCCACGGCGGGGAGCGAGUCCAUAGCCCGGCCCAAGCUCAGGGACUGGAAGUCCAGUGCCAGUAAGGCGGCAUCUGCUUUCUCCGGGCCCCUGCCCCCAGCCCCGUCUGCCCCACCGGCUGAGGAGAAGCCAGCCCUGCCACCCCGCAGGGAGUCCAUCAACAAGAGCACGGACAUUGAGAUUACUGUGGAGAAACCCAGGCCAGACCUAUCCAAACCCUUGCCUCUGAAAACCCCUGCUCCAGGGGUCAUCAUGCCCCUGCUCACCUCCAAAGCUGCCCCCUUCAAGCCAGACAAGCCCCCCGAGCCCAAAAGAGAGGUCACGAACAAACCUCUGCAUUUGAAGAAUGAGAUGGGUCUGGAGUGUGGCCACAAGGUCUCUGCCAAGGAGGUGAAGAAGUUCAACCUGAAACCUGUGGCUAAGCAACCACCCAAGCCCAUGCCUGAUCCACCGGAGGAGAAACCAGAGGCCAACGGCCCUGCACUGUUCAUGAAGCCUAAACCCGUAGUCCGGCCCAAACCCGUCCCAGCUGCCAAGCCAGAACCGCCAGCUGAGAACAAGCUGGAUAUCACCAACCUGAGGAGCAAGCUGAAGCCUUCAAAGCCAACUGAACCAGGCUCUGGAUCAGCAGAGCCAAGCCAGCAAAACGGCGCUGCUCCCAACAAUGGCCCUAGCAACACUCUCCCCAAGAUGCCGCCGCCCAACCUCCCCCCUAAUAAUGCUUUACCCAAGAUGCCUCCUGGUAAUGUACCCCCCCAAGAUACCCCCUCCUAAUAAUGUUCUCCCAAACAUGCCACGUCCCAACAGCCCCCCUCUCAAUGCACUCCCCAAGAUGCCCCCGGCCCCCAAUGCUCUCAAUGGCAAGGCCAGCGACGAGCCCAAGUUCCCCCCCAAGCAGCAAAACGGCCACGGACAAGUGAGCCAGGAUGUCCCCAAACCCGCUGUUCCCCUCCACAAAGAACCUCCAGGGAGGCCAGCCGUCCUCCCUAAGCGACCCCCUCCACCCAAAAAGACCUCUGAGCCAUGCAGCCCUACAGAAACCAAAGCUCCCCUGAAAGAGCUCCCAGACACCAAGACUGCUCCCCCCCCAGCUCAGCAGACCACCUCCCCCUAAACCCAAGGCCUUCAUGCUGCCCCCGCCUAAAGACAAGGACAAGGGGGAGCCCAAGGCAAAAGUGCCCGUGGCCCCAAAGCCCCUGGUUAAGAUUGAGAAACCAGGCCCUCCGAGGGAUAAGUUGCCUCCUCUGAUCAAGGAUCCCAGUAAAGAGGAGCUGUUCUUGGCCGUGGCGGACUUUGAGGGUGACGAUCAGAUGGGUGGCUUCAAGGAGGGCACCGUGUUCGAGGUGAUGGAGCGGAACAGCAGCGGCUGGUGGUUUUGUAAAAAUCUAGGAGAAGGGCCAAUGAAAGAGGGCUGGAUCCCCUCCAAUUACCUGACCAAGAAACCCUAGGUACCAGGUUCUGUUGGCCUUUUUAAUAAAAAAUAUAUUACUAAUUGUAUUUAAUUAGCUUUUAUUUAUACAUACCUUUUUAAUUGAGAUGUGUUACUUUGUUAAAUUCCAUUUGUUUAGCAAGAAUGAACCAGCAAUGUUUUUUGUUUUGCAUAUUGUUUAGUUCUCUUUUUUUGUACUUUUUAUCCUCGUUACAAAUUACUAAGCAUAAAAUCCGUAACAAGCAAAUGUUCCUCUGUUCACCUUUUGUGCCAUAUGUUACUCAACAAGCCUAUAAUGUAAUAUGAUACAGUAAUGUUAUCACAAGCUUUGUAAUAGAACAGAUGAAUGUCUUUCCAAGCCUUCUAUAAUAUUGUGCGUCAAGCUUAAAUAUAUGCAAUUUAGCUAGUUAGUUUCUCAGUAUAUCAAAAGAUGCUUCAGUGGAGUCAUAACUGACAGUGCAAAGCAUUUGGAAAAUGGGUCCCUCUUCACAAAGCAUCUCAGGCUAGGAGUGCUGAUUUAAGAUCAGUUUUGCCUUUUAGAUCAUAAUGAAUACGAUUACAUAGAUAGGGGGUACCUGAUUCUAGAUCAACACUCCUACUCAGAUUCUUUGUGAAUACUGGCUGAGAUAAUUCACAAGACAAAACAGCCAAAACAAAGCCUAAGGCAGAAGGCCAUGGAUACUCAAAAUUCCUCAAAGAACACCCCUCCUACACUGAAGGCUGCAAUGGGAGUUCAAGAGGACAUUGGCUUUCAAGUACUAAAAUAUUAACACUGGGGGGAGGGGCACCUGUCUUUCAACUCACUCUUGAACAUUGUAAUAGGAGAAGGCACAAGGUGCAAUUUUAAAAUUAGGCAGUGCAUCAUCAGUUUCUCUUGUCCUGUCAGUCAUUGCAUUCCUUAGAGGUAUUUAUAACUUGUCAGAAAUGUCCAGUUAAAAAGCUUGGGAACCCCUGGCUCAAUAGACCGAUGGAGAGGAAGUAUAGAAUGUACAAUUGAAAGCCUUAGCCAUGUUUUAAAACACUCAAAGUUGCUGCAAGACGUUGGGAGCUGUAUUGUAUACCAGGGUUGGAGUCCAACUCCUUUCAGGAUGGACUUCAUUGAAAUGAAAUGGACCCUUUCCCUGGUGUUCAUAGUACAAUAGGUGGAAAACCUAUUGAUUUCAUAAACUGUAGGUCUACCAUUAUCAAUACAGCCCCUAAAUGAGAGAGAAUUGAUUUGUGCAAUAAUAAUAAUAAUAAUAAUAAAUACAGCGUUACUGGAUCUCAUAAAAAGGUGCUCAAAUAUAAAGUACAUAGUGUGAUCAUUAUAAAAAAACAUUUACAUUAGUGUUUGACUGGUUCAAGCACAGACUUAGCAAAAUAGUUAUUUUUAAUCGUACUUCCAGAAUGAAGUAAUGUCAGCUGUCACUUUCUUUUUGUUUACUUUUCACCUCUUGCCAGGCCUGGGCCUGUUUUGCCAUAGUUGGAACUUAAUGAUGCAUUGUUCCUACAGCCGAAGUAGUAACAUGCGUUUCCCAAAACACCACGCAGAGAGAACUUUCACCAAGUGCGUCAUUGGAGCAUGUGUCGAUACUAUUAGGUUCGAAAGGAGGAUAGCGGAUCCUAGAGAAGCGCCUUCUCCAUUCAAAUUUGACCUUAAUAUAAUUAUGUCACAAUACUGGACGACAGAUCAGCUCCUGGAGAAAUCGCCUAUGGCAGCAAAGAUGGAGGCGGCUUAUUAUAAUGGUUACCUGUUAAUAAUGCAUUACGUCACAGAUAAUUAAUGGUCCUACACAUACAUAUAUGGAAAUUGCAGACAGUAGCCUACAAUUAGAUAAAUAGAACAUGAAAUUGAUUUAAAUAGGAUUGAAAUGAAAUAUGCAAAUGUAGUGUAUACUCACUUAUACAGUCAUCUUGGUUUUCAUUUGAAGCAUAUUUUGUUACAAUUGCAGACAUUGCCCACUUUGUAGCCUAUUUGAAGUUCUGAUGUUAUCGGUGGUCACAGAGAUGGAUAAAAAUCCAUUGAUGGUAUGUUUAGCGGAAGUCUUGUGUAUAAAUUGACGUGGAAGGACACUUUUUUUUAAAAGCAUGCAACGAUGCACUUGGCUGUUCAAGUGGUGUGAGGCAGUCGGUAAAUAGGCCUAACAAGCAUUUAAGUGCGACUAGUAACUAUGCCUACUAUGAAGGUUCUAACAAACUUACCCUUAAGAUGCUUCUGGGAAACUGGGCCAUGGAGAAAGAGGGUUGGUCUCCUAGGAGACGCACUGACAAGGCUGGGAGUGCCUGUAGCUCAGGUUAAUUGGAGAAUCUCAGACUAUGGUUGAUCUGAUUCUGCUCCUAGUUGCUUUGAUACCAUGUUUUUCCCAUCCCCCUCAAAUCUUCUCAUGUUAACAUACUAGGUCCAAUGCUGUGUGUCAGGUCCCUAACCAGCAUUGAAAUCAUGAGUAACUUAUAGUUUUCCAUCUUUGGCCAGUGUGCAUAGUACACAAGUAAUGAUAUUCAUAAUGUCAGAUUUGUAAUGAUCAACACUAGUGUCAACUCAUGGAGUAAGACCUGAUAGUUAGUGGAAUGUGAGUGAAACCUAGAUUGGGUUAGGGUAUGGGUUGGAAAGACAUGCAUUCUACAGUUUGGUUACUGAAGCAUAAGGAGAUACACACAGGGAUGUGAACACUACAAUAAAACAGUAUGGAUUGUCUUGUUAUUGCUUUACCCCAAACUGGUCAAUUUAAUUUGAAAAUGAAUUUAUACAAGAAACUGCUCGUUCUUUAUUCUUUGAGAUAUGCAACAUAAACACCUUUCCCGCUGACAUAUUGCGCAUAUCCCAUCUUAGUCCUGUAAUGUAUUCGUUAUACUUGUGUAUUUCCCCCUCAUGGUUCUCUUUCAUAUUAAGUCAAUAAACAUUAAAUGUUA